AUGAGAACGAUCUUAUUCUAUCUCGUGGCAUUUUUUGCCCUUCGCAUAUCUGCCUUCGGUCUAUCUGGCGCCUAUGAGCGAAUGUGGUACUGGUCAGCUUACCAGAUGGAGCAGCAAUAUGUCGACGCGGCCAAUCGAAAAAUUGCUACGUCGUGCAAGUCGUGCUCCUUCGCCCAGUUCGUUACAUGGAUUGCUAAAGCAGCGGAUGAGGACACGGUCAAGUCUAAAUUUGCAGCCUAUAAAGCACAGAAUGGAAAGGACUACGUUCCCGCCUCGGUAGAUGAAGGGGCAAAGUGGCUGGAUGACAACGGCAUAACAAAAGCGAUGAGAUUACCCCGAGUCAUUCACGACGUCUAUGAUGUGCCCAAUGUCUUUAGAAAAGUCUCACAGGCUAUUGGCGCGAUUUACAAGAGCAAGCAACCUGACCCCAGUCACCCUCCAUUCAGUGACGCUUUUCUUGCUCGAAAGCGAGUUGAUGUGAUCCGUACUGCUGAAAGUCACUUGACGAUCAGCCUGGCUCUUCGAACCCAAUAUGACGAAGCGAAUGUGGCCGGAAAUAAACCUGUUUACCAAGGUUUGGUUAGGGAUGACAACUCCAAGAUACUUCCGAACGGCAAAGUUGUACCAGACUGCGAUUUGAAGUCGGCUAUCGAUGCAAUCCAGCAAGAGAAGAAAGUGACAGUAUCAAUCAAUGAUUACUACAAGGCUUAUAGAGCUGGGACACUCAAAGCUUCAGGAUCCGAUGCGACGUCGGAUGCGACGUCGAAGGACGACAAUCAUGCGGCGAAUAUUCAAGAGGUCCAGAGAGCGAAAUACAGGAUGCUGGGAGGUGUGUGCCGCGGCGAAUGA